ACGCGGCCGUCCUCGCCGUGGCCGUCCUCGCCGUGGCCUGGGUCCCCCGGCUGCGAGAGCGGCGCGCGCGCCAUCGCCUCUCCGCGCGCCAGUACUUCUCCAGCUGACAGCCCAGUGGCUGGCUGCCGUUCCCACCAGGAGCUGCCACUGCAAAGGGAGGUUCAGAAAUGUCCCAGAUCCUCCGCGAGCUGCUCCGCGUCUCGGAGCGGGCUGCCAACAUCGCCCGGGCGUGCAGGCAGCAGCAAGCGCUCUUUCAGCUGCUGAUCGAAGAAAAGAAAGAGGGCGAAAAGAACAAGAAGUUCUCGGUUGACUUCAAGACCCUCGCUGAUGUACUGGUGCAGGAAGUGAUAAAGCAGAAUAUGGAGAACAAGUUUCCCGGCCUGGAAAAAAAUAUUUUUGGAGAAGAAUCCAAUGAGUUUACUAAUGAUUUGGGGGAAAAGAUUACCGUGAGGCUGUGUCCCGCUGAGGAAGAAACCGCGGAGCUGCUUAGCAAGGUGCUUAAUGGUAACAAGUCAGCAUCUGGAGCCUUAGCCAAAGUUGUUCAUCAGGAUGUGGCCUUCACCGAUGCAACUCUGGAUUCAAUAGAGAUCAACAUUCCACAGGACACGUUAGGAAUCUGGGUGGAUCCCAUAGAUUCAACUUAUCAAUAUAUUAAAGGUUCUACUGACAUUAAAUCCAAUCAAGGAAUCUUCCCUUCUGGCCUUCAGUGUGUCACCAUUUUAAUUGGUGUUUAUGACAUCCAGACAGGGGUACCUCUGAUGGGAGUUAUCAAUCAGCCUUUUGUGACACAAGAUCCAAAGACUCUCAGGUGGAAAGGACAGUGCUACUGGGGCCUUUCUUACAUGGGGACCAACAUCCAUUCCCCCGAGCUGGGCGUCUCUAAAGGGAAGAGAGAAGUGCAGCAGGAAUGCGGCAGCUCCGAGGCGCGAGCCCCCCACCCUUUCUCGGCCGUCAUCAGCACCAGUGAAAAGGAGACCAUCAAGGCUGCGCUGGCACGCGUGUGUGGUGAUGGCAUUUUCCGAGCAGCCGGGGCUGGUUACAAGAGCCUGUGUGUUGUCCAAGGCCUUGUUGACAUUUACAUCUUUUCAGAAGACACCACGUUCAAGUGGGACUCCUGUGCUGCUCAUGCCAUACUGAGGGCCAUGGGCGGGGGAAUGGUAGACUUGAAAGGAUGCUUGGAAAGAAACCCAGACACGGAGCCGGACUUGCCAGAGUUGGUGUACCACGUGGAAAACCCAGGGGCCACUGGGGUGGAUCGCUGGGCCAACAGGGGAGGACUGGUCGCAUACAGAUGCAAGAAACAGCUGGAGGCCUUCCUCAGCCUCCUCAUCCAAAACCUUGAACCUUUGGAGACACAGACGUAGAUGGAUUCUGACCUCAGUGUCCACUUCAGCGGAACUCUGACGCUGGUCCCCUUAUCUCCAUCUCUUGAAGACAGCUUUGUCCUGUUGGUGGUUAACAGCACCUUCCUCUCUUGAGGAGUGUUUUUCCAUUUUAUGGUCAUGUAAUGCUAAAUUUCAAUAAAUGACAUCCUUGCAGCAAU